GCGAAACUCGACAUAAAGAAGUGAGGUGGCGGUCCAAAGAUCUGCUGGCAUCGACAUCGAAACGAUUGAGUCAAGAUGGAGGGCAUGUUCAACUACUUCAUUCCGGACGACGGCGACACGCCGGACCACCUCAACAUAUUCCCCAUCCCAUCACAGCACAAGAACAGCUUGAAGCUCUCUCACAUCAAGAAGGAGUUCCCGAUACCCGGACAGUUCCACUUUCGAUUCAAGCAAGCGUUCGAGGGCACGUAUGUGUGGCUGGACGUUGACGACGACGACCCGGUGCCUGACUUCAACGGCCUCAUCAUCAGCAAGAUCUCGCGCAUCUCGGACAGCGAAGUACCAUCGCCCUCCGCCAAUACGUCGUCUGCACCGAACAAGUCGGCUUCGUCGGUACUUCCCCGCGUGUCUACUUCUCCCGCAGCAGUCCCCGACCUCAUUCAAACCAACGUGGCUACGCCGAAAGCAGCGGACGCGGCGGCACCCAAGGUGUUCAAUGACGACCUCGUUGGCCUGAUGUCCACGCCGAUCACGAGCCAAUCGCCGCGUGGCCCCGCCAACCCGUCCCCAUCAGCUCAGUCACAACAGAAACCGGGGGACGCAUUCGACGUAUUUGCCGGAGCUCCUUCGACCAUCAAACCGCCGACGCCGCGAGGUGCGCCGUCGCCAAUGAACCCUCCGCCCCCUGGCGCCAUGAACCAGUUCAACAACAUGCCUGGUCAGUUUGGCAUGGGCGGCCAGCAGCCGCAGCCGUUCAACCUCGGCCGUCCGCCCAUGAUGAACAACGUGAAUCCGGCGAUGGGGCGCCCGCCGCCGAUGCAGCCGCCGCCGAAUGCCAACGGCUUCAACAACCUCCAGUGGCAAGGCAUGAACCCCAUGCAGCAGCAGCAGCAACGCCCCCCUGGAGGCCAACCCCCCCGGCAGAAUUGGUAGACAGGCUAUUGAAUACACAUGUACCUGUGAUACCUCA